AAUUUUCAAUAGGUAAUUUCAGAAUUUUAUUUUUAUAUUUUUAGUUUUACAUGGGUAUACAAUAUGCUGGUGUUUGUUGUUUAUUUUUCUGUUCGAGAGUAUAUUUUUUCCCACUGAAAACACUGUGUGUUUUGGCGGCCGAUAAUGUUAGCGCACCGCUAAAUCAUAAUUGUUAAAAUCUAUUAAUCGCGCAUGUACUACACAUAUUUGGUAUAUUCUGGGCACUUUUACCAGCAAGGUAAAAGCAGAGACAAUUGACUAGCAAUCGGGUUAAGAACGACGUGAGUGCCGGAUCUAACAAUUUUACGAAACCUAAAAUAAGGACCUUUUUAAUUAGUAUUUGGUUGUGAGAGCAAGGCUUAUGAAGUUGGUAGUUAUAUAAAGGGACGUCCCUAUCUACAGUGAAGACAGAAGACCAUUGAUGAAUCUUGUCUUCAACCUCUUGGCAUGGAGUCAGGAAAGAUCAGGGACUUCGCCCUAACAGCAAGUACCAGUUAUGACUCAGGGAGUGUUGGGCCAAAGCAUGGAAGGUUAAGAAAUAAUAGACAGGGUGGCGCUUGGUGUCCCAGACACAUGGUAUCUAAAAAUUCUAGGGAGUAUUUAGAAAUAGAUUUGAAAGAGUUGCAUGUUUUAACAGGUAUUAAAACACAAGGCAGAUACGGAAAUGGACAAGGGCAAGAAUAUGCGGAACAAUAUAUGGUUGAAUAUUGGAGGCAGGGAUCGGAAAAGUGGAUCAGGUGGAAGGACAGGAAUGGAAAAGAGUUACUCUCUGGAAAUACGGACACCUUAACAAUUGUUGAACAAACAUUAGAUCCACCACUAAUAUGCUCGAAAGUAAGAAUUUUGCCUUACAGUGACCAUGUGAGGACAGUAUGUAUGAGAGUUGAACUGACUGGGUGUAUAUUUAAAGAUGGUCUAUUAAGUUACAGUAUGCCUCAGGGGACUAAAAGAACAGACAUAGAUUUAAGUGAUAAAACCUUCGAUGGUAUAGAAGAAAACAAUCAACUUAAGCACGGUUUGGGUCAGCUUACAGAUGGCGUGAGAGGAAAAGAUAAUUUUAAAUUAGAUUUGGGAGGAUUUGGUAAAGGUUAUGAAUGGAUCGGUUGGCGAAAUGACACUAACGGAUGGGCUGGUUUACCGUUAGAAAUAUUGUUUGAAUUUGACAAAAUUAGAAAUUUUUCAGCCGCACAUUUAUACACCAAUAAUUUAUUUACAAAGGAUGUACAGGUAUUUUCAAGAGCAAGAAUUUUUUUUAGCCAAAACGGUAAUAAAUUUAACCCGGAGCCAGUACAUUUUUCUUAUAUGCCCGAUUUAGUUAUGGAACAUUCCAGGAAUGUUACCAUUAAACUCCAUCAGAGAAUAGGAAAAUUUUUAAAGAUGCAACUUUACUUUGCCAGCAGAUGGAUUUUACUAAGCGAAAUCACUUUUGAUUCGACUGUCGUAAGCACAAAUUUCUCUUAUGAUGGAGCAACGGAGUUUGAGAGUACUUUGCCAGACUUUAGCAGCAAGGAAUACGCCAUACAAAGGGAUGAAGUGAAAAGUGGGGUUGAUAAAAGUGAUUCUGCACGAAAUGCUAUUCAAUUUCAAGACUCUUUGCCAAGAGGAAAUCGUGGUCCUAGCCAACAAGAAGAGCAUACAAGUUAUAUAGGUUUUAUUAUAGGCAUGUUGAUGGUAACUAUUUUAAUAUUGGCAGCUUCAAUUGCUUUAAUUAUAUUAAGGAAUCAUAGAAACCGAGUUUCAUUGAGCGAUUUGCCAGAAACUGCAAACGAUGGAGAUGAAAAAGUAACAAUAGAUGCGGAAAACAAAGAAAUUUACUCGAACAAUGCUUCCUCGUACUACAGUCAACAAGUGAUUGUUAAAUGUCCAAAUUAUACCGAUCUAGAUCCAAAUAGCUUUCUUAACUUCCAUGGAAUUGACUCACAAUUUGAUAGUUAUAAUAAAGAACCACCCCCAGUGCCGCCCCCACCAGAUGAUUAUUAUUCUGGAAGAGAGAUUAGCGAAAUUUUUUCGAACGAUUUGUCUAUAAGCUCUGAGAUCUCUAACAGGCCCUCGACUCGUCCCCAUCUAAUUCUACCCUUGAGUCUGAACGAGAUGCCAGAUAAUGGUCGUCAAAAAGACAAAACGCAGGAAGAUUUCCAGUUAACGAAAUUCUCUAGUGAAAAAUUACAGAUAAUUGAGAAAAUGGGAAAAGGAAGGUUCGGGGAUUUGCACAUAUGCGAAAUUCGUGACGAUUUUAUUAGAGAUUCGAGUGCAGUUAAUUUCGGAAUCGUUAUGUCUUUGGACAACGUGGCACUUUUGGAAGAAUUUAGGAUCGAAGCACAAUUUCUCCUUAAACUCCAAGAUCCUAAUCAGGCAAAAAUCCUUGGAGGAUCCCUAGACAAUCCACCCUAUUAUAUUAUCAGGGAAUACUCACAAUAUGGCGAUCUGUGUCAGUACUUACAAGAUCAUGUAGCUGAGAGUGCAAGUGCUUUAUCCAGCAAUGCUAGUGUACUAAGUUAUGGUUGCCUUAUAUAUAUGGCAUCACAAGUCGCGUCAGCAAUGAAAUAUUUUGAGGCCAACGGAUACGUUCACAAAGACUUAGCAGCUAGAAACUGUUUGGUGGGCAAAAAUUAUGAAGUAAAAGUGACAGACCUUGGCAAUCAGAGGGAAAUAUACAGCCAGGAUUAUUGUCAAAUAAGCGGUCCUAGUUUUCUACCUUUAAGAUGGAUGGCAUGGGAAAGUGCCCUUCUGGGUUCAUUUUCAAUAAAAAGCGACAUCUGGGCUUUUGCAGUAGUGCUGUGGGAAAUCUUAACUUUUGCGAGGGAACAGCCGUUUGAAUAUUUGACUGACGAUAAGGUUCUGGAAAAUCUGGCUCAAUAUUAUCAAAACAGUGGAAACCAGAUUUUUCUCGACAUACCCCAUAACUGCCCCAAAGAAAUCUACGAUCUAAUGCUCGAAUGUUGGAACCGUAACGAAUCAGACCGACCAACUUUCCGAGAGAUUCACCUCUUCUUGCAAAGAAAAAAUUUAGGUUACAAACCGGAAAUGCACUGACAAAAAAUGUUUAAGGUAAAGCUCUUCAACUGUUAUGACAAUAAUUAUCAAAAGCUAAGUGAUAAAUUAAGAUUACUUGAAAUAUAGAGCUUAUAUAGAAAUAUUAUGACAAACAUGUAUUAUAGAUGUAUGUUUCUUUUUUAAUGUUUAUUAAUACUUAAUAAUAUAAAAGUAGAAAAUAAUAUUUUGAUGGAUAUUAAAAUAAAAGCUUUCUUUUA